AGCACUCGGAGCUGCCACUAGCUUUAUGGAUCGAGCAUGAGCGACUGUGGAAACUAGUCUCACUGAUGGAAGAGAUUGCCAAAAGAAGUCCUGAGGCUCACAAGUGGAGGGUCUCUUACCCAGUUAUAAGCCUGGCUUCUCCUGCCUGUUCUCUGCAGCUUUGCUUCAGAAUUCCAUUCCUGUUGGACAACAUUCCACACCAUGAACCAGUCACAAAUGCUUGAUUGGAGGACAUUGAAUACAAGUGAAUACUUAAACACCUCCGAUUAUCACCCUUGCCCAUUGGGUUUUGGACACUACAAUUCAGUGGACAUAUGCAUACUGGAAACCACUAUUAUUGUGCUGCUAACCUUCUUGAUAAUUACUGGUAACUUGACUGUCAUCUUUGUGUUUCAUUGUGCUCCAUUAUUGCACCAUUAUACAACCAGUUAUUUCAUCCAGACUAUGGCGUAUGCAGACUUGCUGGUGGGAGUCAGUUGCCUGGUUCCCACUUUAUCCCUCCUCCACUACUCUACAGGGGUCCAUGAGUCUCUAACAUGUCAAGUGUUUGGUUACAUCAUUUCUGUGCUAAAAAGUGUCUCCAUGGCUUGUUUAGCUUUCAUCAGUGUGGAUCGAUACCUGGCCAUCACCAAACCUCUUUCCUAUAACCAGCUGGUGACACCAUGCAGGCUGCGCCUCUGCAUCAUCCUCAUUUGGAUUUAUUCAUGUUUGAUCUUCCUGCCAUCUUUUUUUGGCUGGGGUAAACCUGGCUACCAUGGGGACAUAUUUGAAUGGUGUGCCGUUGCAUGGCACACCAGUGCCUACUUCACUGCAUUUAUUGUGUGCCUGCUCUAUGCUCCGGCAGCGCUGGUUAUUUGUUUUACAUACUUUCACAUAUUCCGCAUCUGCCGGCAGCACACCAAAGAAAUCAGCGACCGUCGCGCCCGCUUUCCCAGCCACGAAGCUGAGUCAACUGGAGAAGCCGGGCCUGGUCACAGCCCUGACCGCCGAUAUGCUAUGGUUCUGUUCCGCAUAACCAGCGUGUUCUACGUGCUGUGGCUCCCAUACAUCAUAUACUUUUUGUUGGAAAGUUGGCGGGCACUGGAGAAUCCUGCCAUAUCCUUUAUUACCACCUGGUUGGCCAUAAGCAAUAGUUUCUGCAACUGUGUCAUCUACAGCUUAUCCAACAGUGUUUUCCGCCUCGGUCUCCGGAGGCUGUCAGAAACAAUAUGUUCACCUUGUAUGUGUUCUAAAGACAAGAACGAGCGGGACCCAAAACCCCGAAAGCGUGCUAACUCAUGUUCUAUUUAAAGUCAUUAAAGUGACAAUCGUGAGCUUAAGAGCACACCGACCCAGGCCCCAGAAUGCUGCUUUUCCAAGUUCUACAAAACAAAAAUUACUUUAGCACCUCAUUUUAGCUACCUUGUUUGAGAUUUUGAUUUGCAGCGGAGAUGUGAACCAGUAAACUCUGAUCCGCAGACAUACAAAGAGCACACAAUUAUGUGCGCUGCUGUCAAAAAUGAGUCACGCUGUUGCUGGGUGAGAGGAAUGGGGGCAGACUAUCAAAGAAAAAAAGGUGUCAGUUAGGAUUAGAUUAGCUAAUUAAUGCGGAUAUUCUGCAGAAAUAUGAGAUAUUGCACAACUGGGCCUUCCUCUUUUUUUCCUUGCAAAAUAAGUCUUUAUUGCCAUUCUAGGAGACUAAAAGGAUAACUGUGCGUCUCAAGGCUCUCAUUGCUAAAUGCAGUACUGGGAAGUAUUCACAGUCAUAACAACCUAUUGCAUUACCUGAAGGUGACCAAAUUGCUGUUUUAUAAAAUGCUGUAUCGGCCCUUUUUUAUGUUUAUUUUUGUUUUUAAAAGGUUUAAUUUGAUCAAUGUGUGUUAUUAGAUGCCCGUUCAGUGCAAGAUGACGAAGCCACUGCUCCCCGUCUGAUUGCUGUGUAUGGAGUUUACAAAAGCCUUUACAGGUGACAGUGUUCUGUGAUGGUAUGCGUGCGCCCAGAUUUCCCAAUAUACCAGCCCCCCUUCUCCGCUAGUAUACUUUUUUUUUUCCCCUAACUUAUCCACUCAUAAGGAAAAUGCUGCUAUAGAUUAAUUAUUUCAUAUAACAGUGGUGUUCUCACUAGAUUUCCAAACUAGACUUCUAAGCUUUUGUGUGAUCAGUGUCUCCCGAUAUUUGCCUAAAAACUAUUGUGGCAACGAGACUUUUUUGAAUCUUGUCAUAUAUGUAAGUUAACCAUGUAUGCUUUGUGUAUUUAUCGAUCAAUUCUAUAAGAGACUCGGCUCUGGUUUCCAAAUAAAGGCUUUGCAGUCCCAGCCACACAGAUGUUAUUGAGCCUUUUGUCAGACGAGGCAGCAAGCAGUGGCUCCUUCCAGAAUUAGAAGCAGUGACCUUUUUUUUUUCUCUCUCCCCCCCCAUUCAUUCUUUCUUUCCCAGAACAAUUGGUGAUUGUUCCACCCAUGCAAAAAAUAGAUUCUGCAAAAUGGACUUUAUUCCUGCUCUACAUUCUCUCCUUAAUCAUUCUAUAGUACAUAUAGUUUGCUGCUGUUUUUGACCGUUCCAUGUGCAGUUUCACUGUGCACAUUAUAUAUUUAAUAAUAAAAAUUA